AUGUCCCGAAUACUGCUUUCCUCAAGCGCAGAUACCAAAGCCUACAACGACGAAGGAGACCUCAUAAAAGAAGCAGAAAAUGGAUGUCCUUCAAAUAAACUACCACCUGCAACCGAAAACCCAUCAACCACCACCCGCGCAUCCCCCGACUCUCCAUACUCCCAAAUCUACGUGAUGGAAUCUGCCUGCCCACAUCUAGGCGCCGACAUGUCGCACGCAGACAUCGAAGAAUGCGAAACAGGUGCUAUAGCUGUAUGUCCCUGGCACAGAUAUGACUUUGAUUUACGCACCGGGAAAAGCGAAACCGGGCUGCAGGCUUGCACGUACCGAGUGGAAGUCGAGACGGAUCCAGUGGAUGGAGUGGACAAGGUGUAUAUGGAAGCACCAAAGGGUGGAACUGGCUGGAAGGUUGUCGAGUUGAGACCGGUUUCCGAAGAGUUCGCCGAUCCCCCACCCAAGAAACCCGAAGGGCCCACCAAAUCACUCGAUGAACCAGAGAAAGAAGACGAGCCCGUAGUCCCAGUAACCAACCCACCCAAAACCCUAAUGCAAUGGGCAGUUCUGAUCCUGAACACCCCAAAUCCUCGGCUGAAAGUCGAGCGUACAAAGCACGCGGUGCAUCUCUUCAGGACGGGUAAGCUGUCCUCUAUCGGGCACAAGUCGCCUAGCGCCCCCAGGCCGCCCGACGUACCUUCGCGGGAGGAGACAUAUUCACGGAACGUGGUGGACCCGUCGAAAGUCAAGAAUCGAAGAAACCGCGCUGCGAUGCUUCAUGCCCUCGCGAACAUCGAACAAUGGGCUAGUUGGGACAUCAUGGCCCGUUUCGGACCUACACAUCCCAACCUCCCACCAGCCUUCUUCGCAGAUUUCACCAAGAUGGCGCUGGACGAGUCAAAACACUUCUCCCUCCUCGUCUCCCGCCUCAACGCCCUCUCCCCAUCCACGCCCUACGGCAGCAUGCCCGUCCACGCAGGCCUCUGGGAAUCCGCCACCGUCACCUCAACCUCCCUCCUCUCCCGCCUCGCCAUCAUCCACCUCGUCCACGAAGCCCGAGGCCUCGACGUCAACCCCGCCACCAUCGAGAAAUUCCGCCGCGCAGGAGACGCGGAAACAGUCGACGUUAUGGAGAUCAUACACGCAGACGAAGUCACACACGUUACCGCGGGACAUCGGUGGUUCGUUUGGGCCUGUCAGCAGGAGGACGAGCGGAAUAGGAAGGAGGGGAGAGAGGAGAGGGUGGAUCCUGUGAAGAGGUUUAGGGAGGAAGUGAAGAGGGGGUGGACUGGGGAGAUUAAGGGGCCUUUCAAUGUCGAGGCCAGGGAGAGGGCGGGUUUAACGCCCGAGUUUUAUCAGGACUUGAGGGGCGAGUUGGGUAUCGGAGCUCCACGCCAGGAUAUCUCCAAAGAGGAGAAGGUGGAGGACUCUCUCGUCAACGGUGUUGCAGCACUCAAAGUCGAAUACGAGUGA